AUGAAGCUGCAGAAUAAAAGGAGAAGAAGAAGAAGCUCCAGGAACAACAACAAACCGAGGCGGUGAGCAGAGUUUCAGCUGUAGGUCACACAGCGUUAACGUGUCCAUGAAUGUGAUAAACAGGAGUGCUGCAGAGAUGAACUGCUCUUUCCACCUCCUGGUUUCCUGCUGUGGCUUCUACCACGGACGUUUUCUGCUCGUCUGGUGUCGACCGUCACUGUUGGUCAGGUCGCUGAGUGCUGCUCCUCACAUCAGCCGCAGCCUGAAGGAAAGUUACCGACUCCUGCAGCUGCCUGACGAGGUUCACAGCAGUCCUGCACAGGUGAAGGAGGCCUACCUGCGUCUGGCUAAGCUCUACCACCCAGACUCUGGGGCAGCAACAGCAGACGCGGUGCUGUUUGCUCGGGUUGAGGAAGCCUACCGAUCCGUGCUGGCACAUCAGAGCAAGACCAAGCAGCCCGACGGAGGCAAGGAAGACGAGGACGAGGAUAAGUCCAGAAGAGCAGCACUGCAGCACAGACACUACCUCAGCUUUGAUGGCGUGGGUUCAGGGACGCCCAGCCAGCGAGAGCGUCAGUACCGACAGAUCCGUGUCGACCGGGCGUCUGAAGAGGUUCUGAACUACCGGCAGAAAGAGCACGAGCGGGCAGCUGCGUCUGAAGGUGCGCUGGUGCAGCGGGACAUGCGUCAGCGCAGCCACAAAAUCAAGAUCACUCAGGCUGUGGAGCGGCUCGUAGAGGACCUGAUCCAGGAGUCUAUGGCCCGAGGAGACUUCAGGAACCUGAGUGGAGCCGGAAAACCUCUCAACAAGUUCCAGCACAAUCCAUACGCCGAUCCCAUGACCCACAACCUGAACCGCAUCCUCAUCGACAACGGCUACCAGCCUCCCUGGGUCGUCACACAGCGAGACAUCAGAGAGGCCGCGGCUCACAUCCGGAGCAGGCUGCUGGAGGGACGGGCUCGGCUCAGCGACCCCCUGACCCCCUCAGAGCUCAGCCAAUGGGAGCAGCUGUGUGGGUCUGUGGAGGAGGAGCUGGUGAAGCUCAACAAGAUGGUGGACAACUACAACCUCAUCGUACCGAUGCUCAAAAUGCAAAUGGUUCACUACAGUUUGUCCAGAGAAAUAGAGCGAGCCGUGAAGGGAGCCGCCCAGCGCCGACUGGACCAGCAGACGGAGAGAGAAAAGGAGCGAGAGAGGAGGAAGGAGGAGAAGAAAAGAGCCAACGCAGUGACAAAGACUAAAAAGAACAAGCGAGGACUCAUGUCUUGGAUGCAGAGUUUGCUCAGAUGAAAUCAUCAACUGUUGGUUUAUUUAUUUCAUUACAGUCAAAUUGUUCACCUGCGUAUUUGCACACAGAAUCAAACUCAGAGAUCAUGAUGCCUUUUAGUUAUUUUCUUACACAAGGAAGAAAGUUGUUGCCUAAAUAUGCAGUUGUGUAAUCAGAGGUCUGUGCUACGAAGCAGGAUUUGAGGUUAUCGAAGUAAAUUCAUGUUUAUUCUGGGUUUCCACGAACACAGCAGUAGUUCACCUCUCACUAUCCCCGUGUAGCUUAUACUGAACUCCUCACCUCCUCUGCAGCAGAUUAUGUGUUGAGAUGAACACAAACAGGAAUCCCCUGCUGACCAGUAGAGUCUCUGAGGAGAGUUUUUUGAGCUGCAGCAAUGUCAGAGUAAUUUUUUUUGCUCUACAGGCCUUUGUAGAACGAUAUAAUCCUAAAAGAGAAACGGAUUAAAGCAUUAAUGCUUUAUAACCGGCAUGUUGACCUUACAAGGUUUUCAGUAAGCCCCCCUUAAUAGUUUGGGUUUUGUUUUUAUAGUUGGUCUUUCUGUUUCUCAGAACAGUUGAGGCUAAAACUGAGACUUAAAGUAUUAAAUCACUGAAUUCAUCCUCCACAUUACAUCACAUUACAUAAAUGAUUUUAUCUUUAUUAGUGCUUCAUUUAUUCUUUACCUCCUGAACCUCAGAACUGCUAGUUCAAAGGUUCUUUGUUUUUUGUUGUCAUAAAAACAAUGAGAAACACAAUCUGGAGAGCUCAAAGCUGCUGUGUACAUGCGCACCACCUUCUUGUUGAUGUGCUGACCGAAUGAAAUGACAUUAAUUGUAAUUAUUAGAUUUUUAACUUUCGCACAGUCAACAUUUCAUUUGUGACUUUUGGUUUGAGGAGGAAAAACGACCACAUUUCAGCUUAAAAUCAUACUAUUUCAUCAAAGUUACUUCUUAUUUUAAAAUCAGCCAUAAAUAAGCUGUUUCUGUAAAAAAGAAAAAAAACAUUGCAGUCAUUGGUGCAGUUGAGAAGCCAUGACAGACUCAGCUGUGACCAACAGGCACAUGACAAAAAUUUAGGAUUUAUUAACAAAAGACAAAUAUUGACACAAGUUGAAAAUGUAAAAAAAAAAAAGAAGAGAGAGAUUGGAUUUUAAAAAAAAAACACCCAGAAGCUGCUGGUUGGAGUUCAAAAGAUUGAAUAUUUUGUGUUUGAUUUUGUUCUACAAUCUUCUGAGAUGUAACGAUAUGCUAAAUCCAGAAUAAGAAACCUACAUCUUAGCAGCUUUUACAUACUUGUUGCUGCCGUUUGUUCGGUUAAGUGAAGCCAGAGAACAAAAAGAUUGCCUGGAUAUGUUGAACUUGCUCCGUAGAAAAGCCCUCAGGUGUGAGCAGAAGAACAGCACCGAGAAAGUGAUGAACUGCAAGAAUCUGUUUCUGUGAAAUUACUGAUUAGAAAAUACCAACCCGACACUGUAACUUUUGGUUGCUAUGUGACAUUAAAAGUUAUUUAAAAGGAAA